GCGAAAGUUAAGUUUUUAGGGCGAGAGAGAGAGAGAGAGAGAGGAUUUAAGCGAGGCCACGUCUCUUUUUGACGUCUCUCAAACCCUUUUCCCUUCCUUCCUCCCAUUAUCUUCCUCUUUGCUACUUAGGGUUUUAGCCGUGCCUCUUCUCUGUUAUUUAAUCAAAAACCUCUUCAACAAUGAGCAGCGGCAAGGAUAACUUCAACAUGGCCGAUCUUAACGCCUCUCUUAACGAAGAGGAUCGUGCUGGCCUCGUCAGUGUCCUCAAGAAUAAGCUUCAGAACCUCGCUGGUCAGCACUCUGAUGCCCUCGAGAACUUGACUCCCAAAGUCAGGAAGCGUGUUGAGGUUCUCAGAGAGAUACAGAGCCAGCAUGAUGAAUUAGAGGCAAAAUUUUUUGAGGAGAGAGCAGCACUUGAAGCCAAAUAUCAGAAACUGUACCAACCUUUAUACUCCAAGCGUUUCGAUAUUGUGAAUGGUGUUGUUGAAGCAGAAGGAGCUACAAAUGAAGCUGCAAUGGACCAAGAAGAGGAUAAGGCUGCUGAAGUGAAAGGAGUACCUGAUUUCUGGCUCACUGCAAUGAAAAAUAAUGAAGUGCUAGCUGAGGAGAUUACUGAGCGUGAUGAAGGAGCACUCAAGUAUCUUAAAGACAUUAAGUGGUAUAGGAUAGAGGAACCUAAAGGAUUCAAGCUUGAAUUUUACUUUGACACCAAUCCUUUCUUCAAGAACUCUAUCUUGACAAAGACAUAUCACAUGAUUGAUGAAGAUGAACCUAUUCUUGAGAAAGCUGUUGGGACUGAGAUUGAGUGGUAUCCCGGAAAAUGCUUGACUCAAAAGCUCCUUAAGAAGAAGCCUAAGAAGGGAUCUAAGAAUGCUAAGCCAAUCACCAAAACUGAAGAUUGUGAAAGUUUUUUUAAUUUUUUUAAUCCACCUCAAGUCCCUGAAGAUGACGAAGACAUUGAUGAAGAUACUGCUGAGGAGCUUCAAAAUCAAAUGGAACAAGAUUAUGAUAUUGGGUCAACAAUUAGAGACAAGAUUAUCCCCCAUGCUGUUUCAUGGUUUACAGGAGAGGCUAUUCAAGGGGAUGAGCUUGAGAUAGGAGAUGAUGAUGAAGAUGACGAGGAUAUUGACGAGGACGAAGAUGACGAGGGAGAGGACGAUGAUGAGGAAGAGGAAGAUGAUGAUGAUGAAGACGAUGAAGAUGAAGUCAAGACCAAAAAGAAGUCUUCAGCUGGAAACAAGAAGAGGGGAAAACUACAAAGCGGAGAUGGUCAGCAGGGUGAAAGACCUCCAGAAUGCAAGCAGCAGUAGAAUUUAAAUGGUGAGGAGGCAGUAGUAUAUCUUGUGUGGUUUAGAGCUGUGAUAGAGAUUAUUUGGGGUUUUUAUAAAAUGUUCGAAGAGGGAGGAAGGGGGAAAGAGGGGUUUGCAGUUUUGGCUGGGUUCUUUAUAAUUACAUUUAUUUAAUGUUGUAUUAUGGAUUAUGAUGGAUUUGGAAGAUCCUUCUUUCCUUUGUUUUUUCUUCAUUCGAUGGCUUGACAAAGAGGACGUGGAAAGAAGGGGGGGGGGGGGGGGGGGGGGGGGUGGGGUGGGGUGGUGGUGGUGCAUGGUGGGUUUGCUUCACAAUGUAUGUUGGAUUUCCUUAUGUGAAUGUUUUCGGCGACUUAAUUUAUCUAUGUAAUGUUAGUAGUCUUGUUUCUAUGAUUUUUUUAUUAGAUGAGUUAUUUUCGGUA